GCCUCAUUUUCGAAUAAUUCCUCCAUCUUUGUCUAAAAACAAAAGAAAGAAAGAAGCAAACCAAAAUCAGACAUAAAUACAAUUAAAACCAUUUUAAGUAAAAAUCUCGUUUCACCAGGGAAAAAGGAAGAUGAUGUGGGCAAUUCUUAGGCGAAAAGCCGCUUAUUCAACCUCAUCUAAUUUCCUACUCAAUUAUGGCAUGACACAAUCUUUUGAGAGGGCUCGGCCUGCAUUGACAGGUUCCAUGUCUCAAAGUUAUGUAGGUGCGAUAUCGGCACCUGAGGCACCAGCUCUUGGAAGAACUGCUAAAUUAGUACGACAUAUUCACCAAGGUGUUCCAGCUUAUUCAUGUUCAUCAAGGAGUGUUGUAUCAUCACUUAAAACAGAGUUUCCAACUCAGAUGUGGAGUCGAUCUUUUUCUUCAGACAGUGGUGAUUUGGUUGAUGCUGUUGUACCUUUUAUGGGUGAAUCCAUUAGUGAUGGCACUCUGGCAGCCUUUUUAAAAAAACCCGGCGAUCGUGUUGAGAUCGACGAGCCAAUCGCCCAAAUUGAAACCGACAAGGUAACAAUUGAUGUUGCCAGUCCUGAAGCUGGUAUUAUCCAAGAGUUUGUUGCCAAAGAAGGAGACACUGUGGAGCCAGGUACAAGAAUUGCCAUUAUAUCAAAGUCUGGUGAAGGUGUGACAACUCAUGUAGCUCCAUCUGAUGCACCUACUCAGGCUGCGCCUGAGGUGGCUCCUGUAAAAGUGGACAAACCACUGCCUAAACCAGAAAUCCAAACUGCAAAAGAGGCACCUAAAGUAUCUUCUCCACCAGCUCCUAAACCAUCUGCCACAGAACCUCAGUUGCCCCCUAAAGAUAGGGAAAGAAGAGUCCCAAUGACAAGACUCAGGAAGCGUGUUGCCACACGUUUGAAAGAUUCCCAAAAUACUUUUGCAUUGUUGACUACGUUCAAUGAAGUUGAUAUGACAAACCUCAUGAAACUUCGAUCUGAAUAUAAAGAUGCUUUCCUAGAAAAACAUGGUGUGAAGUUGGGACUCAUGUCUGGAUUUGUGAAAGCUGCUGUAAGUGGACUCCAGAACCAACCGAUCAUUAAUGCCGUCAUUGAUGGAGAUGACAUCAUAUAUAGAGAUUAUAUUGAUAUCAGUAUUGCUGUUGGCACUUCUAAGGGUCUCGUGGUUCCUGUUAUCCGUGAUGCCGAGAAAAUGAAUUUUGCUGAAAUAGAGAAAUCGAUCAAUGCUCUUGCUAAAAAGGCCAACACUGGAUCCUUGUCAAUUGAUGAAAUGGCUGGAGGUUCAUUCACAAUCUCUAAUGGUGGUGUGUAUGGAAGCCUUUUAAGUACUCCUAUUAUAAACCCUCCACAGUCUGCUAUUCUGGGCAUGCACUCAAUUGUCAACAAACCAAUGGUGGUCGGGGGUGAAAUUGUGGCCAGGCCUAUGAUGUACGUUGCAUUGACCUAUGACCAUAGGUUGAUUGAUGGCAGAGAGGCCGUGUUCUUCCUGAGGCGUAUCAAGGAUGUUGUUGAGGAUCCAAGAAGAUUGCUACUUGAUAUAUAAACAUAUCUUUGUGAGCAUAUGUUUGUGGUUCUUUUGGCAAAAGCAGAAUAAAAACUGUUGGUUUAGGUGCUAUCGAUUCAUUUUGAGGAUACGUGUUCACCAAAUGUUCAGUCAUGUGCAUCUUAAGCUUUGCGCUCUUGGUUUAAUCAACGGGUAAAUGAUAUUAUAUUUAUUUAUAAGGUACCACAACACGGAGCUAUGAGUUUAUUCCUUUUUGAUUUUGGAUGUAUACAUGUGUUUUAAGUACCCAUUGGGAGAAUUUGACAAUUUCUCAAGAUACUAAUGUGAGUUACAACUUUCAAAUGCUAUAUAAGCAUUAUUGUGAUUUGUUUAUGAAA